CUCAUCUUCUUCCACUUCAAAUCACUAUGGAUCUCUCAUAAUAUUCUCUGCCAACCGAAAACCACACCAAUAAAAAAAUACUAUGAUGAUAAUCGAGCCUCCCAUCGCCGUCCGCUUCCACGGCGGUGCCGCCGCGCCACCUCAUAAUAACCGUUCAAUGUGGAGUGCUGAUGAUGUGAACGGUGUGCGUUAUGUUGCGUCGUGCCGGCUCGCAUGCAGCUGCGGUUUCGAUGUGCCUCGGGUAAGAAGUAAAAUAUACACAGGCACUCCAUUCACAAGAAGAAACAAACUUGUAAAGAAUAGAAUUAGGGCAUCAUCAGAGCAUCUGGGCUCAGCUCAGGAUCCUAUAAAGAAAAAUGAGAAGUCAUCCUAUCAUCCAUUUGAAGAACUUGCAGUGUCAUCGUCAGAGAAUACUGAAGAUGCGACACUUUCCGCCGCAGAAACAAGCAGAACAAUUAUUGAGGUUAACAACAAAGCAACACUGAUGUUCUCAAGUUUGAUUAGUGAUGAAUUUCAUGAAAAUAUUAUUUGGCCAGAUUUGCCUUAUUUGACUGAUGAGCAUGGAAAUAUAUACUUUCAAGUGAAGAACGGUGAAGAUGUCCUGCAGUCCCUAACAACAGAAAAUAAUUUUGUGCAAGUCAUUGUUGGUAUUAAUUCCAUGGAAAUGAUCUCCGAGAUGGACUUAUCUGGUCCUUCAGAAAUUGACUUUGGGAUUGAAGAAAUUGACGAGGAGGAUAAUGAGGAUUUUGAAGACAGUGAUGAAGAGGAUGAAGAUGAAGAUGAAGAUGAAAAUGAAGAUUAUGACUCGGAAUGGGUGGCUGCUUUCACAGAUGACGAUGAACAAGAUGAUGAUGAUGAAACACUUGCAGACUGGGCAAAAUUGGAGACUAUGCAAUCUUCUCAUCCGAUGUAUUUUGCCAAAAAGUUGGCUGAGAUUGCUUCCGAUGAUCCUGUUGAUUGGAUGGAGCAGCCUCCGGCUUGUGUAGCUAUCCAAGGGGUUAUAAGGGCUGCUUUUGUUGAAGAACAAUCUACGAUACAGAAGCACCUAUCUACUGGUCAAUCCAGUGACACCGACACAAGUAAAUCCAUAGAAAGUAAAGGGGAAAAUAUUGGUGUGAUUAAUGGUCAUGUGCUUAAUUCAGGAUCUUCUGGAGAUGAUGCAUCACAGCAGGUGGAAAACAAUGAGAAUAGUAUUGUCCCCAUUAGUGAAGCUCCAUUUUACAAAUUGGAGAUGAUUAAAAUUCAAGUGUUUUCUGCACAAGGGCAACCUACUGUCCUUGAAGUAGAAGACUACAUGAAAGCCCAACCUGAUGUUAUUGCACACUCUGCUUCCAAAAUCAUAUCUCGUUUGAAAGCUGAUGGAGAAAAGACCUUGCAAGCCCUUAAGUCCUUGUGUUGGAGAUGCAAGGGUAUUCAAGUGGAGGAAGCACAACUUAUCUGUGUAGACUCGCUCGGAUUUGACCUAAGAGUUUGUUCUGGGACUCAGAUUCAAACACUGAGAUUUUCAUUCAAGAAAAGGGCCACAUCAGAGUACAGUGCUGAGAGACAACUCAACGAUAUACUAUUUCCAAGAACUAACCCCAAGCAGCAAAAAAUGAAGCAAACACAUCAAAAUGAAUGCUAAAACUGUCUACGUGAUUUUUGUAUGGUUUGUAUGUCUUUGGUCAAUGAUUGUGUAUAAAAUGCGAAAGGCAGGGAAAAAAAGAUCCCAUGUUGUAGAUGCCAAUCAGGUUAUGUAGUUUGAUUACAUUUAAUUAUUAUUUUAGUUGGAAGUAAAUUUUUCCGCAGUUGCUUCCUUAGUUCUAACUCUUGAUUUCUUAUCCACACUUUUUGUAUUCA